CUCUGAGGAUCCGUUCUGUGACUUCUGCGAGUGAACCUGUGUGGGGUUCUCUGCUGUCUGAUUGGGAAUCUGCCAGCUGCUGCUGCUGCUGGCUUUUUUUUUUUUUUAAGAUUUGUUUAUUUGAAAGGCAGAGUUACAGAGAGAGAAGGAGAGAGCGCAAGAGAGCUCUUCUUCUGUCUACUGGUUCACACCCCAAAUGGCCACAGUGACCGGGACUGGGCCAGGCCAAAGCCUUGUGGUUGUGUGUCGGGUGUGUUUGUGGUUGCGUGUGUCAGGUGUGUUUAUGGUUGUGUGUCGGGUGUGUUUGUGGUUGCAUGUGUCAGGUGUGUUUGUGGUUGUGUGUGUCAGGUGUGUUUGUGGUUGUGUGUGUCAGGUGUGUUUGUGGUUGCAUGUGUCAGGUGUGUUUGUGGUUGUGUGUGUGGAUGUGGAGUGCCUGUGGUUGCAUGUGUCAGGUGUGUUUGUGGUUGCGUGUGUGGAGCGUGUUUGCGGUUGCGUGUGUGGAGCAUGUUGCGGUUGCGUGUGUGGGUGCUUCCAGAGCACGGUCUGGUGCUGAGCUGAGGUCUGUCUCUAGCACCGUGGCUGGUGUGUGGCUGGUGUGUGUUGGGUGUGUUUGUGGUUGCAUGUGUCAGGUGUGUUUGGUUGUGUGUCGGGUGUGUUUGUGGUUGUGUGUCGGGUGUGUUUGUGGUUGCAUGUGUCGGGUGUGUUUAUGGUGUGUGUUGGGUGUGUUUGUGGUUGCAUGUGUCAGGUGUGUUUGUGGUUGCAUGUGUCAGGUGUGUUUGUGGUUGCAUGUGUCAGGUGUGUUUGUGGUUGCAUGUGUCGGGUGUGUUUGUGGUUGCAUGUCGGGUGUGUUUGUGGUUGCAUGUGUCAGGUGUGUUUGUGGUUGCGUGUGUCAGGUGUGUUUGUGGUUGCAUGUGUCAGGUGUGUUUAUGGUUGCGUGUGUCAGGUGUGUUUGUGGUUGCGUGUGUCAGGUGUGUUUGUGGUUGUGUGUCAGGUGUGUUUGUGGUUGCGUGUGUCAGGUGUGUUUAUGGUGUGUGUUGGGUGUGUUUAUGGUUGCAUGUGUCAGGUGUGUUUAUGGUUGCGUGUGUCAGGUGUGUUUGUGGUUGCGUGUGUCAGGUGUGUUUGUGGUUGCGUGUGUCGGGUGUGUUUGUGGUUGUGUGUGUCAGGUGUGUGGUUGCAUGUGUCAGGUGUGUUUAUGGUGUGUGUCGGGUGUGUUUAUGGUUGCGUGUGUCAGAUGUGUUUAUGAUUGUGUGUCGGGUGUGUUUGUGGUUGUGUGUGUCAGGUGUGUCUGUGGUUGCAUGUGUCAGGUGUGUUUAUGGUGUGUGUUGGGUGUGUUUAUGGUUGCAUGUGUCAGGUGUGUUUAUGGUUGCGUGUGUCAGGUGUGUUUGGUUGUGUGUCGGGUGUGUUUGUGGUUGCAUGUGUCAGGUGUGUUUAUAGUUGUGUGUGUAGAUGUGGAGUGCCUGUGGUUGUAUGUGUGGAGUGUGUUGCGGUUGCGUGUUGGAGUGUGUUGCGGUUGCGUGUGUGGGUGCUUCUAGAGCACGGUCUGGUGCUGAGCUGAGGUCUGUCUCUAGCACCGUGGCUGGCGUGUGGCUGGUGUGUGCUGCACUGUGGAGAGCAGUGUUUCACGUACAGUCAGUUUGAGAUCUCGCUGGUUUUUGGAGUGAGGAGUCAUUUUCCGUGGGAGCUGAGACGUGCUGGCUGUUACUGGGGGCGUAGCAGGAGGUGCCGCCCAUUGCUCUGCCGCUGAUGCUGUGGGCGGGGUCUCCUUGCCACUGCUUGGUGGGGCAGGGCACUUCCCACAGAGCCUCUGCUGGUGCCCCUGCCUGGGCUGGGGUGGAGUCCACAUUGCUUCUCCCACACCCACACGCCCUCCACGACACCCUUUCACGCCUGCAGCCUGGCUGGGGUCAUGCCCAGUGAGCCAAGUGGGGUGCGCCGUGCACCUGGGGGUUGCACUGGAGUGGGCGGCUGCCCUGGUCCACCCAUGGGCAUGUCCACGUCCUUGGCUGCAGUGAGGCGGUGCCCUGCCGUGGCUACACAGACCUUGCUGUGUUGGGAGCUGCUUUCCCGUCUGAGAGAGGCGUGCGCUGCCUCCGUCUCAGGGCCCUUCCCAGCAGGCAGUGGUGCGCUGGCGCCUCGCUCUAAAGCGGCCUCCUUCCUCCUCCUGCUGUGGCCUCUGUUUCCAUGGCGACUUGGUCUCGCUGCAGCUCCCCGAGCAUGGGUUCUGCCCAGCAAUUGGGCACUGGCUGGGUCCCGCCUGGAUCCCAGUGCCUUCCACCAGCCUGAGCCCUGGGGCACCCUGCUCAGAGCGGGGGCUCAGCACACAGCAGCCCAGGCCAAGGCAGCCAGGGCUGAGGGUCACCCACCACUACCCCAGCUGGCACCGCAGCCUCGUCUCCAGCUCCCCUGCCCGCCCCUUCCCUUCCCCCAGCUGCAGACCUGGCCCAACUUUGCCACAACCUCCAGCCAUUGUUUUGUUUUGUUUUAAAGAUUUAUUUAUUUGAAAGGCAGAGUUAGGGAGAGGGAGAGAGAUCUUCCAUCUGUUGGCUCACUCCCCAAGUGGCCAUCGUGGCUGGAACAGGGUUAGGCUGAAGCCAGGAGCCAGGUGCUUCUUCCAGGUCUCCCACAUGGGUACAGGGGCCCAAGCACGUGGGCCAUCCACUGCUUUCCCAGGCCAUAGCAGGGAGCUGGAUCAGAAGUGGAGCAGCCAGGACUGGGACUGGUGUCCAUAUGGGAUGCUGACUUACCAGCCACGCCAUAGCACUGGCCCCAGCUUCCAGCCUUUUGACCUUGCCAGCCCAUAGGGCCUCCCUCAUCAGAACCCUAGGCCCCUGUGGGCUCAGUCCCUGGCCUCCCAGCUCAUCCCACCCUCCCCUCCCCAUGAUGUAGGGCUCUCAGAGCUGUCUGGGGCUGGGCGGGGCGUCUGACAGCAGCCCUGAAUAGAGCCAGUUCUCGCCCCGCCCUCUUCUGCCCCCUCCCUGCAGGACUCCCACCCCCAGGGGCUCCUGUGCCCUUGGAGUGCGUUCAAGCCCUGCCCCAGUAGCCGAGUGGCCCUGCAGGCUGCACUGUGGCUGUCCACUGCUCAGGGCCCAGCACAAAGCACGUGGCCAUUUACCGUGUUCCCUGCUGAAGUUUAGAUUUGCCAGAAAGGUGCAGGGAUCCCAGAGUUGCCACGCUCUGCGCCGUUCCUGGCAGGUGACUACCCCCAGCUGUCCACACUGGUUGACGUGAGCAUGUGGCCGGCAGUUCCCUGAGAACGGUGUCUGCUUUCUGCUCCAGGGCACAUGGCCGCUCUCCCUAACGCAGGCUGGAGACUUAGGCAGCAGAAGAAAUUCCUGAGGUGGGGGCAGGGGCGGGCGGUGGGACGCGGCCAGCAGUCUGUGCGUCCUCUGGUUUUGGGCAGUGGGAAGAGGCUGUCAGGAGGUGGCGCUGUGGAGCCGGGCCUGGGGCUGUUGCCUGUGAGCCUGUGAGGAGAGCCCCCUGUUGGACCCUUCUGAAUCCUGCUCUCCACACCAGCCGCCAGGCAGAAGCCACUGGCCUGUGCAUCCGCCACAGUGCUUGUCCUGGCCUGGGGCGGCCGUGGGGGCCGGCAGCGGCUCGCCCUUCAUGGGGUGCUCCGAGUGGGGAGGGUGUGGCAGGGGCACCGGGCAUCAGCACUGUUACACACCGUUGUCUUGGCACCAGUCCAAAAGCCGGUGACAGCUGAGUCAUUGGCACACAGCUUGGCUCUGCAGCCCCUGGCCCAGAGCAGGGGCCGCACUGAGGGCAGCUGCAGCCGGGGGAAGGGGGCGCAGGCCACCGCUUCCAGGCAGCCCUGGGAGGUCCAGCCUUUUCUUCUUGACCAUUAGAAGAAUCAAACGUUAUUUUACUUAUGUUUUAAGAUUUAUUUAUUUGAAAGGCAGAGUUACAGAGAGAGAGGGAGAGAGAGGUCUUCCAUCUGCUGGUUCACUCCUCAGAUGGCUACAACGGCUGGGGCUGGGCCAGGCUGCAGCCAAAAACUUCCCGGGGUAUCCCCGAUGGGUGCAGGGCCCAAGCACUUGGGCAUCCUCCACUGCUUUCCCAGGCCACAGCAGAGAGCUGGAUCAGAAGUGGGGUUGCCGGGAUAUGAGCUGGAGCCCAUAUGGGAGUGUUUCAGGUGGCAGCUUUUACCACAUCGCUGACCACAGAAAAAUACAUCUUUUGGGCGUAAGCGCUGGUUCAAGUCUCAGUGUCUGUCUGUCCAUAGCCGCCCCUCCCCCAGCCCCCCGUUAGUGUCCUUUAGCGACGUCUCGCUCACCUCCUGAGAACUGUAUUCCAAGCACUUUAAGGACACUUAGAGAGGCAGAGCUCCGACACACUGGCUCACUCCCGACUUGCCCACAGUGACCAGGACUGAACCCGGGUCUCCCACCUGGGUGACUUGAGCCCUCCCCUGCCACCUCCCCAGGCCUGCAUUAGAGGGAGCUGGAUCCAGGAGCUGGGGACCAAGUCCAGGCGUCUGGUGUGGGAUACGAGUGUCCUAGCUGGUGGGCCAAAUGCCCACUCCCCUGCUCCAGGCACUCUUGCUAUUGGAAAUAGCAUGCCCGUCUUCACAUUUUGUUUUCCUGCUUUUCAGGGGUGUGCACCUUGGUUGCCCACAGGUCCGUGGGUGUUUCUACACAAGCAUCGCACCUUUCCGGCCAACGAUCUUCUUUCCUUCUUCGUUUUCUUUGCCUUGCCCUGCCGCACUGUCCAGGACCACGGGUUCUAGCGUUGCUGGUGGCAGUGGGCUUCCGCCUUCCCACAGUGCUUUGUGCUUUCUGGAAGGUUCUUGUGAGGAACACCAGAAAGUGUCCUUUGAGUGCUCCUUGGCCUAGUGCUUCCUUUUCUGUAGAUUGGCUAUGGCAUAAACCGCCCCGUGACUGGAUUUUGCGUGGAGCUUGAAUCUCACUAAACCUCUUCUCCCACGGCCUGCCCGUCAGCCUUGACUGUGCCGAUUCUCUGGUGUUAAACCAGCCGUGCAUUCCAGAGAUGGACCUGGCGCGGUUCCGUGGUGGAUUCGUGUCUGUACCCAUUGUGAUCCGUGCGGGACCUCUGCCCCGUCCUCGUGGAGCUGGCCUGAAGGGCCUGCAGGGUUCCUGCCGCUGCACUUCCCGCGUGGGAGCCGCUUCUGCCUUGGGAGACUCCUGCCGGGGCACAGGGCAAGCUCAGGCCGCACGCGCUGUCUCCUCCUCCUUUCUCAGCCUUCAAACCAAGCUCUUAGUAUUUUUUUUUUUUUUAAGAUUUUAUGUAUUUAUUGGAGAGGCAGAGUUAGAGAGGUCUUCCACCUACUGGUUCACUCCGCAAAUGGCUGCAAUGGCCGGAGCUGGGCCGGUCUGAAGCCAGGAGCUAAGAGCUUCUUUCAGGUCUCCCACGUUAGUACAGGAGCCAAGGACUUGGGCCAUCUUCUACUGCUUUCCCAGGCCACAGCAGGGAGCUGGAUCGGAAGUGGAGCAGCCGGGACUUGAACCCGUGCCCAUAUGGGGUAGGGGCACUGCAGGAGGAGGCCUAGCCCACCACACCACAGGCCAGCCCCAGGUCAAGGCCGUAUUUGGUUUCUGACGUGCUCAUUGCCUGUCUUUGCGUGAACAAUCCCAGGGGCAGGCAGCCCCACAUUCCACGUCGCCAUGUUGCGUCCUUGGCAGCUCUAGGGAUUACAGAUUCUCCUUUAUAUCGAGCUGUCUUUUUUUUUUUUUUUUUUUUUUGACAGGCGGAGUGGAUAGUGAGAGAGAGAGAGAGAAAGGUCUUCCUUUUGCUGUUGGUUCACCCUCCAAUGGCCGCUGCGGCCGGCGCACUGCGCUGAUCCAAUGGCAGGAGCCAGGUGUUUCUCCUGGUCUCCCAUGGGAUGCAGGGCCCAAACACUUGGGCCAUCCUCCACUGCCUUCCCGGGCCACAGCAGAGAGCUGGACUGGAAGAGGGGCAACUGGGACAGAAUCCGGCGCCCCGACCGGGACUAGAACCUGGUGUGCUGGUGCUGCAAGGCGGAGGAUUAGCCUACUGAGCCGCAGCGCUGGCGAGCUGUCAUUUUUAAAUGUUAUUUAUUCAAAAAAUGUUUAAAGUUUUAUUUUUAUGUAUGAAAGGUAAGAGAGAAUUCAGUCUUCCAUCCACUGGUUCACUACAAAUGGCCACAACGGCCAGAGCUGGGCCAGGCUGAAGCCAGGAGUCGGGAGCUUCUUCAGUCUCCCACGUGGGUGCAGGGGCCCAAGGGCUCGGGCCACCUUCCGCUGCGUUCCCAGGCCACAGCAGAGAGCUGGGUCUCGCGUGGAGCAGCCGGGCUUUGAACCAACGCCCACGUGAAAUGCUGGUGUCUCGGGCGACGAGCUGCGACAGCACAACACCUGCCCCCACUUUCAUUAGUUACUCAUUCGAAUUCCUUGUGGGCAUAGGAAUAUUAGGGUUUUAUCUUUUCUGGCACUUGUCAGUUCUGUGUGUGUUCCCCCUUUGCUGGUGUGAAGUGUGGGGCUGGUGCCUUGCUGCCGCCCACUUGUCCCCCAGUGUCACUCGUGCAUUCCUUUUCUCUGCCUCCGGGUCAGUCUUUUAAAAUGUGUUAUUUAUUUGAGGGACAGACGGAGCUCUCCCUUCGGCUGAUUGACUCCUCAGAUGCCCACAGCGGUUGGGCCAAGAGCUCGGCCCUGUGUGCAGGGUGCGCUCCCUCCCAGGGCGUGCGCCAGUGGGAAGCUGGGUCGGGAGCAGUCGGUUGUGUGGGGCAGUGGCACUAGAGGCACCUUAGCUGCCCGACGGAAUGCCUGCCCCUCCAGUUGAUGGCGGCGGCAGAGGUGCGCGUGUUGGCGGAGCACCAGCCUGGGGCCCUCUCGGGCUCGUUGGCGGUCUUUCCCUCUGCUUUCCCUGGGUUCCUCGUGCUGUUUUCCCGUGGCGCUGGGGACGCCGUGCUUUCUGAUGCGAGCGCUGAGGGCUGUGAGCACUGCUGAGCUGCGUCCCGCAGUUUUAUCUUCAUUGAUUGAAGCGGCGGAGAGAGGGAGAGCGCCAGGAGCCCAGCACUCAAUCCGGGGCUCCCACGAGGGCGGCAGGAGUGGGGGCAGCGUGUGCUUCAGCAGGAAGCCAAAAUCUGCAGCGGAGCAGGGCCCUGACGGCAGCGUGGCUGCUGCGCCGAGUGCCCUCGGCCACCCGCGGGCUGCGGUGCUGCUGUCUCGGGCCGUCACUCUGCUCCGGACGUGGCCUCAUCCCCGUUUCGUGUUGGAUGCCUUGCUGAACUGCGAUGAUCUUGAUUCCCCGAUUUUUUUUUUAUUUUUCUAUUUUUUAUUUUUUUGCCAGACAGAGUUAGUGAGAGAGAGUUACAGAUAGUGAGAGAGACAGACAGAAAGGUCUUCCUUCCGUUGGUUUACUCCCCUAAUGGCCGCUAUGGCCGGCACUGCGCCAAUCCAAAGCCAGGAGCCAGGUGCUUCUCCUGGUCUCCCAUGCUGGUGCAGGGCCCAAGCACUUGGGCCAUCCUCCACUGCACUCCCGGGCCACAGCAGAGAGCUGGCCUGGAAGAGGGGCAACCGGGACUAAAACCCCGGGUGCCGGAGCCGCAGGCGGAGGAUUAGCCGAUUGAGCCGUGGCGCCGGCCGAUUCUCAGAUCUUGAGAGGACGUUCUGGGAACUCGCUGGACAGCCCUUGACAUUUUGUCAGCGAAAUGCAGCCCAGGAGGAAACGUGGGCCUUGAGGCCCGAGGUUUGCCUCGUGUCCAGCUUUUUUGGGCUGUUUUGUAACGUGGUUUUGCUUUCUCGUAGCUCUUGGGUAAUUUUUAAAUGUCCUCGUCUUGUUCCUGGGGUCCUGCUCUGUGGGGCGCAAGCUCGGACCCACGCCAUCCACUGAAAGUGUGUGUGAGCCCCACGUGUCGCGUCCCCUUGCCAGGAGCCAGUGGGCGUUCACAGGAAACAGUGGCUUCCAGGCUCAGCGUGCUGACGCUCCGGGCGUCACAGGGAAGAGGUGCAGCCUCCACACGUUGUGCUGCUUCCUGCACACCCUCGGCGGCCGCGGGCUCUGGGGCUGCAGCUGUGCAGCCGUCACUUGGCGUCCACUGCCCCGCUCAGCAGCCUGUGGUCGGACCUGCAGACGCAGCCCCGAGGGACCUGCUGGCACUGUGCUGCCCAGCGUGCCGCCCGCACCCCCUGUAGCUUGCAGGCACACUCGUGCACUCUGGUGGGAGUCCUUCCUUCCACACUGCCCGUCCUCUCUGUCCACACCGCCCUGGGUCUCCAGGCUCUGUGCCGUGGAAUGAGGACGGGACGGGGCCCCUGCCUUGUGGCUGGGGCAGGGGUGAGGCUGACUGUACCCCACAGAGGCGUGGGGCACAGUGAGUGGCCAGGACUUUGAGCCACUCUGUGGGUAGCUUCCAGGUCAGGAGGACGCAUGUUCCGAACAGACCCCCAUCCCUGCUGGCUCAGGACCGGGUGCUGGGAGCAAGUGGCUCAGGGCUGUUGCCACAUCGUCUUCACUGGCCGUGCCAGCAGGCGGGGGCCCCGGGGCUGGUGUUGGCAGUUGGCUGUCUGGGGUGUCCAGGGAGGGUUUGCUGUCUAGGCUACUGCGAGGUGCAGUUGGGGUGUCCCAGGCCGGCUGGACGCCAGCUGUCCCCUGGGAGUCUUGCCUACUGGAGCCAGCUGCAGAGGGGACUGAAGGGGUAUCCCUGUCCUGGAGAGGCCCCGGGCAAGAGGUGGGCUCCUUGGGGUGGAAGGGAAGGCAUGGGAGGCAGCCUGGGUUGGGCCCCGGGGCCUUGGAUGGGCUUCAAGUUUCCCAGUGGCCUGGGACGGAGCGGAGGCCCCACUAUUGCCCAGAGCACCUGCCGGCUGCUGCCCUUCCUACCCGGGGUAUAAUUAGCCACCAUGACAGGUGCUGCGUAUCGAGUGCCCAACUCUGACCCAGUGCUGCCUGGCCUUGGCCGACCUGCCCCACCCUGGACCAAGGCUCAGAGGCUGAAUCCUGAGGAGGCCUCAGGCCCCACCCCCCUUAGCACAGGGAUGGUCAGGAGGGGAAUCCCGGGCAGUGGCACAGGCUCUGGGAGUCCUGGCGCUGGCCCCACCCCUGCCCUCAAUCCCUGCGCAGCGCCCCAGGGAUCACUGAGGGCAUCUCGGGCAGGUGGGAGGUGUGGAGCCCAGGCGGAGCCUCUGCUGGUGACGUCAGCCCCCAGCAGGAAGCCUGAGGCCUGGCGGGCCUGGCCUGGGGCUGCAGCAGCCAGCCAGCCGCCCAACUGCGCCCCUCU